GGCGCUCGUGAAAACUUAGGGCGCGAGGGAAGGUUUUGGCAUGAACAGAAUUCGCAUCCACGUUUUGCCCUCUAGCCGGGGUCGAUUCACCCCAGUACCAAGGCCACAAGAGGCCUUGCUGUGUGCCUUUGCUCACCGCCAGUGCUCUCAGCCUCGCUUGGAGGGCCACGAGUUCUGCAUUAAGCACAUUCUUGAAGACAGGAAUGCCCCUUUCAAGCAGUGCAGCUACAUUUCUACUAAGAAUGGGAAGCGGUGCCCAAAUGCGGCUCCCAAGCCUGAGAAGAAGGAUGGAGUGUCGUUCUGUUCUGAGCAUGCUCGCCGAAAUGCUAUGGCACUACAGGCUCAAAUAAAGAAGUCAAAUCCUAGCCCCAUACGAGAGUCUCUCCUUUGUCAACUAAGCUCCUACGCCAAGACAGAGCUGGGCUCCCAGACUGCAGAGAGCAGCCGCAGUGAGGCAAGCAGGAUACUAGAUGAGGACAGCUGGAGUGAUGGAGAGCAGGAGCCUCUUACUGUGGAUCACACAUGGAGAGGUGACCCUGACAGUGAAGCAGACAGCAUUGACAGUGACCAGGAGGACCCGCUUAAACAUGCUGGGGUGUACACUGCUGAGGAAGUGGCUCUGAUCAUGAGAGAGAAGCUGAUCCGGCUGCAGUCUCUGUAUAUCGACCAGUUCAAACGGCUCCAACACCUCCUGAAAGAGAAGAAACGUCGGUACUUGCACAGCCGCAAAGUGGAACAUGAGGCCAUAGGUAGCAGCCUUCUGACAGGCCCAGAGGGACUUUUGUCUAAAGAGCGUGAAAACCUAAAACGUUUGAAAUACUUGAGACGAUAUCGUCAGCGGUAUGGUGUGGAGGCCCUUCUGCACCGACAGCUGAAGGAGCGUAGAAUGUUGGCUACUGAGGGUGCAUCUCAGCAGGCACACACCACCCGUUCCAGCCAGAGAUGUUUGGCUUUUGUGGAUGACGUUCGGUGCUCCAACCAGUCCCUCCCAAUGACAAGACAUUGCCUUACUCAUGUUUGCCAGGACACCAAUCAGCUACUUUUUAAGCUGUGUCAAGGGUCAGAAGAAGCACCCUGCAGCAAGCCAAUGCCUGUAAGCCUCUCUGAAGAUCCCUGCUGCCCGCUCCAUAUCCAGCUACCACCUCAGAUGUAUGUCUCUGAACAGGUACUGUCUGUUCCCGAGGAGCUGGAAGCUGCGUCCACGGAUCUGUACUUGAGCGCAGCUGAACUCCGGCCCACAGAGAGCUUGCCGCUGGAGUUCAGUGAUGACUUGGAUGUGGUUGGAGAUGGCAUGCAGUGCCCCCCUUCCCCUCUGCUGUCCGAUGCUUCUGCUGCCAUUGAGAACCAGCUGAACAAAAGUGUUGCUGAGACCACCAAACACACGCACUUAAGAGAAGAGUCUUUUCAGCAAGGGCUGUUGAACCAGGUAUCAUCGCAAACAGUCAGAGGGAGCUUUUCCAGACAGGCCACAUCUGCCCUGGAGUCUGCACCAGAACCACACUCACAGCAUCUUGUGACAAGUGAGUCUGGACAGGAGGAAGGUGAAAAGGAAGAACCUGCAACCAAUGGGAAUUCAGAACCAUCCUCUUUCAGCUGAUAGAACUCUCAAACAGAUGGAGACCCACCAAGAUGAUGAAACAUCUGCUGUUUU